AUGUUCAAGUCCUUUACAGAGGCCGAUAUCUCUACCCAGAAUCAAGCUAAGUCGUCGGUAGCCCGUGGAGUGAAAGCUGAUGUCAUCGAGAACUACCCAAGGAUGGAGGAGUGUGCUCCUGGCCUCUUUCCCAAGAAGGCUCAGAAUGUUCUAGUGAAGUGUAAGGACCAUGUUCAAAUGUUCUCCGUAAACGGGGAGGUGUUGUUCUUCCAGCUGAGGGAUGGCCCGUGGAUUCCCACACUUAGAACGUUGCAUAGAUUUCCCACGAUGAUGCCGUUGGUACGAGUCGAUCGUGGUGCGAUUCGGUUUGUUUUGAAAGGUGCUAAUAUAAUGACCCCUGGCCUGACAAGCCCUGGAGGGGCGCUGCCAGAGCAUUUGGAAAAGGAUCAGAUAGUUGCGGUCGUAGCAGAGGGAAAGGAACAUAUAUGUGCUAUCGGGAGGACGUUGCAGUCAGCUGAUGAGAUGAGGUCGACGAACCAAGGCAUAGCGAUUGAGAAUAUCCAUUACUUGAAUGAUGGCUUGUGGAAGCUUACGUCGAGACCUUUGUGA